AUGAAUGGACUUAAAGGUCACAAGAAAUAUGAUUGGUCAUUAACCGACCCUAAUAAAGGCAAUAACCCAUUGAUGAAUGAGAACUUUGAACAGCAUAGUCAUAAAUACAAGAAGAAGAAAGGGGUUUCCUUGCAUGUUGAACGGAAGUUGACUUUAACCCUCACCAGAUCUUGGAGCGCUUGUCCUCUUAAGGGGUCAAAGAAAAACUCAAACAAGGAGCACAAGCCGGAACCUCAAAUUUGUGUAGUGCUAUUACUUGGACUUGCUCGAAGUUCAUGGAAGAGUUGGAGUUGCGCUUAUAGCGCAGACAAAUCAGUGGCAGAUGAUGAUUUUGUCGACUGUGUGAAGCUGCAGCAAGAGGCUUUGAAGGUGGAAACCAUGGUAAAAUUAAAGGAGGAAAUUGAUUACAAAAGUUUGUGUAGAAGGCUAGACAUAGAAUUGGACAAACUCACUAUGGAAUAUGAAAGGCAGCAGAAAGUAUUUGAAGAUGAUAUAGAAAGAUUGACCACAGAAGCACAACAUCGGAUAUUAGAGGCCCAAAAAAACUGUUCGGAUUCAUUGGAGAAGGAAAGAUUGAAAUAUCAGAAAGACUAUAAGGAGUCAUUUAAGAGGCUUGAAGAGAAGGUGAUGGAGAAUAGAAAAAAGUAUGAGGAUUUUUGCAUGACUUCUACAAGAGAGAUUGCUAUGGUGCCUGCUGAGGAACUAGACAUUUUGAAAAAAAUACUUCAUAAAGAGACUUUCCUAAGAACUGCUGCUGAAGAGGAGAGAAAUCAUCUGAAGAAUCAAAUGACAGAACUGAAAAUGUCGGAGGCAUCAAGAGUGUCAAAUAUAUUCAAACUUCGCAAGAUGUUGGAAGAUGAGACAUAUCAGAAAGAGAAACUCAAAGGAGAAAUAGCAAGAUUGCAAAGUCAAUUGUUGCAAUUAGGUUUUAAAGUUGGCAAAACAAAACAACAAAUUGAUGGAGGUGGAUUUGAAAAAGAUGUUGGUGGUGUAGAUUCUCCCACUUUCCUAGUUGAGCAUCAACAAGAAGCUUCAGGAAACGGGGAGAAAGUCUCAGAUGACAAGCUCUAUGAGCAAGGGGGAUUGCAGAAGAUUAUGUCAUUGCUUGAAGCAGAAGAUGCUGAUGCACGAAUCUCUGCUGUGAAACUAGUAGCAAAUUUAGCUUCUGAAGAAACAAAUCAGAAGAAGAUUGUAGAAGCAGGUGGACUUACGUCCUUGAUUAGACUGCUUAAAAACUCACACGAUGAAACCACACAGAGAGUUGCAGCAAGCGCCAUAGCAAAUUUGGCAAUGAAUGAAACCAAUCAAGAUCUCAUUGUGGCUCAAGGAGGCAUAAGUUUACUGUCAAUGGCAGCAACCAAUGCCGAAGAUCCUCAGAGCCUUCGAAUGGUUGCUGGAGCAAUUGCUAAUCUUUGUGGAAAUGAAAAACUACAAAUAAAGCUAAAGGAAGAAGGUGGUAUCAAGGCACUGCUGGGAAUGGUCAAAUGCAGACAUCCUGAUGUACAUACACAAGUUGCACGCGGAAUAGCCAACUUCGCCAAGUGUGAGUCAAAAGCAUGCACUCAAGGGACAAAGGUUGGAAGGUCUUUACUUAUUGAGGACGGUGUGCUUCCGUGGAUAGUGCAAAACGCAAACAAUGAAGUAUUGUUGGUUAGGCGUCAUGUUGAGCUUGCACUCUGUCACUUAGCACAACAUGAAGCAAAUGCAAGAGACAUGAUUAGUGGAGGUGCAAUACGAGAGCUGGUUCGUAUAUCGAGAGAUUGUUCAAGAGAAGACAUAAGGAUUCUUGCACGUCGAACACUAGUUUCCGUCCCCGCUUUUCAUGCUGAAAUUAGGCGUUUGGGGAUAGAUUAUUGAACAAAUCACGUGUCUAAGAUAGUCAAAGAAGUGCAUAAUAAUUUUCAGUAUUUCGGAUGUGUUCAUCUUAAUUUUUUAAGUAACCAAUUAGUGUUCAGAUGAAAUUUUCAACGAAGAGUUGUUGUUGUGUUUUGUUGUUUUGUUGUUAUUGUUGUUGUUGUUGUUUUUUUUUUCUUUUUUAUGUAGUUGAUCGAUUACUGAAUGACCAUAAUUUAAUCAAAUUAUGAUUAACGUGGUUUGUC